ACAGACAGUCAAGUGGCCGCCGCGCUUCUCCAUUCUCACGUUCUCCAGCUGGACGCCGAGGCGAAGCCAUCCAUCCAUCCAAUCAAUCCUCCACUGGGCCCUUUAAACUCUCGUCCGUGAAUCGGCUGUUCGUCGUCUCCUCAUCUUUCUCUCCUUCAUCUCUCUCCAUCUUCCUCCCCAUCUCAACUCUCCCCCAACCACCGCCUCUCUCUGUGAUACCCUUCCCUUCCUUUCCUUUGCGCAGACACAUAACCACAAUGUCCAACAGCGUCAUCGUCGUGGGCGGCGGCCUUUCUGGCCUCAGUGCUGCACACACCAUCUACCUCGCCGGUGGCAACGUCACAGUGCUCGACAAGCAAGGUUUCUUUGGCGGAAACUCGACCAAGGCCACCUCCGGCAUCAACGGUGCCCUCACCCGAACCCAGGUCGACCACAAGAUUGCCGACAGCGUCAAGCAAUUCUACGAUGAUACCCUCAAGUCCGCUCGCGACAAGGCUCGCCCCGAUCUGAUCAAGGUCCUCACAUACAAGUCCGCCGCCGCCGUCGAGUGGCUCCAGGACGUCUUCAACCUCGACCUCACGCUCGUCUCGCGUCUUGGUGGCCACUCGCAGCCUCGUACGCACCGUGGCCACGAUGCCAAGUUCCCCGGUAUGGCCAUCACCUAUGCGCUCAUGCAGCGCCUGGAGGAGCUUGCCGAGAACGAGCCCGAGCGCGUCACCAUCAUCAAGAAGGCCCGAGUCACCAGCCUGAACAAGGAGGGCAACAAGGUCACCGGUGUCACCUACGAGCACAACGGCGAGUCCGCGUCGCUGGAAGGCCCCGUCAUCCUGGCCACCGGUGGGUACGCCGCAGACUUUACCGAUUCCUCGCUCCUCAAGCAGCACCGCCCCGACACCUUCGGCCUGGCCACCACAAACGGCACCCACGCCACUGGUGACGGCCAAAAGAUGGUCAUGGCCAUUGGCGGCAACGGAAUCGACAUGGACAAGGUCCAGGUUCACCCCACUGGUCUGGUCGACCCCAAGGACCCCGGCUCCAAGUGGAAGUUCCUGGCGGCCGAGGCCCUCCGUGGCGAGGGCGGUCUGCUCCUCAACGCUGACGGUGACCGUUUCUGCGACGAGCUCGGCCACCGCGACUACGUCUCGGGCAUGAUGUGGGACGAGAAGAAGAAGGACAAGUUCCCCAUCCGCCUCAUCCUCAACUCCAAGGCCUCCAACGUCCUCGACUUCCACACCCGCCACUACUCUGGCCGUGGCUUGAUGAAGAAGAUGACUGGCAAGGAGCUCGCCAAGGAGAUUGGCUGCAAGCCUGAGCACCUCCAAAAGACUUUCACCACCUACAACGCCAUUGCCGACGGCAAGCAGAAGGACCCCUGGGGCAAGAAGUUCUUCCACAACCUUCCCUUUGACAUCAACGACGACUACCACGUCGCCGUGAUGGAGCCCGUGCUCCACUUUACCAUGGGCGGCAUCGAGAUCAACGACAAGGCCGAGGUUCUCAACUCGGACAAGCAGCCCUUCGAGGGGCUGUACGCCUGCGGUGAGCUGGCGGGUGGUGUCCAUGGUGCCAACCGUCUUGGUGGCUCCUCGCUGCUCGGUUGCGUCGUGUACGGCCGCGUUGCUGGUGACACUGCUAGCAACUUCCUCUUCCGCAAGGCUCUCCAGGGCCAGACUGGCGCUGCCCAGCGUCUUGGCCAGAUCUCCCUCCAUCUUGACCCUUCGGCCCCUGGCAAGCUGACCGUCGAGUGGGCCAACGGCGGCGCCUCCGGCGCCGGCUCCGAGUCUCUCGCCCAGAAGGCCGCCACUUCCGCUGCAGGCCCCACGCCGGCCAAGGCCGACGGCGGUGCUGCCGCCAAGCCCAAGAAGCCCAGCGAGUUCAAGAUCCCCGAGAAGGAGUUCACUCUCGAGGAGGUGGCCAAGCACAACACCAAGGAAGAUCUCUGGGUCGUCGUCAAGGGCGUCGUCAUGGACCUCACCAACUGGCUGGACGAGCACCCCGGUGGUCCCCAGGCCAUCAUGAACUUUAUGGGACGCGACGCCACAGAGGAGUUUGAGAUGCUCCACGACGACGAGGUGAUCCCCAAGUAUGCGCCGCAACAAGUGAUUGGGCGGGUCAAGGGCGUCGAGCCCAGUUUGGAGUUUUGAGAAAAGCCGGGUCGAGUUCGAAAUAUGUACGAGGGCUAUCAUGUCCCGGAUUCUUGGAUAAGGGCGUUUGAUGUAUUGAUAGUUUGAUGAAUGCAUGCAGCAUUGCUUUGCCCCAACUCUUGCUAAAUUCCAGUCGCGCAUGUGG